CGCUUGGAAAAUUUGGAAAAAUAACGCUUUCGUGGUAAUUAUUUCUAUAAUAAUUAUACGACUUAUCUGUUCAAAACAAAACCUUUUGUGUGGGUAGCGAUAACAGUAACUAGUUUAUCACUGUUUGUGUUGUCAAAAAACACUAUAAAUGCCAAGCGUUUGGAGAAUAUGAGAGCUCGGGAUCGCAUGCGCAAAUCAAACGAAGGAGAGUAUCCAGAUUUGUACCGCAAGUUUUGAGUGUGUAUGUUGAAAGUCUGUUGGAAUUGAAUAAUAAAAAAUGGCGAUGCCACAGAUGGACCCUGCUAAGCUGCAGCUUGUUCAGGAGUUGGAGAUUGAAAUGAUGUCAGACAUGUAUAAUCGGUUGGUCAGUGCAUGUCACAGGAAGUGUAUCCCGCUCAAGUACCAUGAACCUGAAUUAGGCAAAGGAGAAUCAGUCUGUCUGGACCGGUGUGUGGCAAAAUAUUUGGAUGUUCAUGAGCGAAUUGGGAAGAAAUUAUCAAAUAUGUCACAAGGAGAGACUGAAGAUUUAACCAAGGUCAACCUACCAGAAAAGAAAUAGUAGGCACUGACAUGACUCUAUCUAUCAAGUUAGGAAAAUAACAUACACAUUUAUUUGUAGCAAAUAUUAUGUGUAAUAUAAUAAUAAAAAAAUUUAAUGCUUGCUAUGAAUUUAGUGAACUUUAGAGUCAUCAUUCAAGUUCAUUCAUUUCUGUAAAUAUGGUGAAAUUUAUGAUUACUAAAAAUAAUUUUGAAAUCAUAAAUUUCGCCAUAUCUCAAAAUCCAUACAACCCUAUUUCAGAAACUAUAUAGUGUGUCAUUCUAUAAACAUAGACAAAAAUUAAUUCCUAAAUAUCAAUAAUAUUUUUAAAAUUAGAGGAUUUUGUCACUGCCAUUUUACACAGGCCGUACAGUUAAUAGUAUGGCCAUAAAGUUCCUAAUAUUGGUAUAAAUGAGCCAUGUUAUGCACCAGUAUGUUUUGUUUAACAUAUGAAUCAAUAUAGUUAUUGUCCUAACUUGUACUUAAUCUGACUAUUUAACACUGAAAACUGUUGAUAUAUAUCAAAUAAUUAUUCAUGUCAAUAAAUCUAAACAUGGGUAAUGAUUUGAAAACAUAUUCUGUAAUAUAUAAAAUUUAGACUAUGUUGUUCAUAGUCAUAGUCUAUUUAUAACAUGCAUCUUAUUGUUUUUAAAUGCAUUUUUGUUAUAGUAUGAGUGAAUGUUUAGUUAAUGAAUAAUUUAG